AUGGAGGAGGGGGAAAGGAGCCCCCUGCUGUCCCAGGCUGCCAUCCGCUCAGCCUGGUAUGGUCCCUGCACAGGAAAUCUGGCAGGCCUCCCCAUGGAUCUGGCAGGUCGGGGGGAUGCUGGGGGUCAGGAACCACCCCUCGCCGGGAGCAGCCCCCUCAUUUCAAGUCACCCGGGGCCAGCACUCUGGGAGCACCAGGCCCGGAGGGCAGGCCUUGGGGGGGGUCCCGGCCAGCUGCUUCCCUGCCUCAAGUGCCUGAUCUUCCUGUCCAACUUUGUCUUCUCUCUGCUCAGUCUGCUGGCCCUGGCCAUCGGGCUCUGGGGCCUGGCCGUCACGGGGUCUCUGGGGAAGUUGGGGGGCCCCCUGCCCGCAGCCCCCAUGCUGGGGCUGGUGCUGGGCGGGCUGGCGUUCAGUGCGCGGAGCCUGGCAGGCUGCCUGGGCGCCCUCUGUGAGAACGCCUUUCUCUUCUCUGGGGGCAUCCUUGCCUUGCUGGUGCUGGAGGCCGUGGCAGGGGCCCUGGUGGUGGCCUUCUGGGGCCAGUUGCAGGAUGACCUGGAGCAUGUCCUACGCGUGGCCAUCACCCACUACCAAGACGACCCAGACUUGUGCUUCCUCAUUGACCAAGUUCAGCUCGGGCUGCAGUGCUGCGGGGUGGCCUCCUACCAGGACUGGCAGCGGAACCUGUACUUUAACUGCAGCUCCCCUGGGGUCCAGGCCUGCAGCCUUCCUGCCUCCUGCUGUAUCGACCCCUGGGAAGAUGGAGCCUCAGUCAAUGACCAGUGUGGCUUCGGGGCCCUGCGCCUGGAUGAGGACGCAGCCCAGAGGGUGGUGCACCUGGAGGGCUGCGGCCCCCCACUCCUCCAGUGGCUGCGCAGCAACAUCUGGGCUGCAGGUGGCUACGCCAUCGUUGUCGUUGUGGUCCGGGGGCAGAGCUCCUGCCGGCCACCCAGCUGGUGA